AUGACUCUGCAGGAGAGGCUCGCCCGGAGGGGCGUCUACCAGGGGGGCCACGUCGAGGUCAAGCUGGCGACGUAUGCCAUCUUCGCCAUGCUGGAGUUCUUCGGCAUCACCGACGACCUGAACAAUGUGACCAGGCGCCACCUGGAGCAGCUGAAGACUGCGUCUUGUACGGAUAGGAGCCGGCCGCGAUUCGAGAUUUACUUUUCGCGCAAGAACUGUGCACGCUGCGGGCUGUUUGCCCAGGCCCUCGAGGAGAUCACGGGAAUCUCCAUGAAACUGUGUUGGAAGGAAAGGCUGGCCCAAAAGGAAUAUCCGAAGAGGAAGAAACGGCCUUACCCGCCAUUUCAGAGGCGAGAUGUAGUGACGGAACCGGAAGCAAUCGCUGGUGACGAACAGAUGGUCAUAGAUGUGGAUCAAGACCUUGAUAUCGAAAUUGACGAUGAUGGCUGCGUGGAAGAAGAUGAAGACGAGAUAA